AUGUCACGAAACUUCGCGAGUCGCAUUCUCCUGGUCUUUGGUGUCUAUGAGAGAUGUAUAAAUGCCCUGACAGUUCCCUUCGUGCCCCCUCCGGCAGAUGUGUUGACAGCAGAGGGGAUCGACGAGAGCCCUAUCCUUGCUGCUGCUCUACCUACAGGGCUUGCGAUCGAUCGGUCAAACUGGAAUGUUACCUGUGAUAGCGUUCAGGCCGGCAAUCCAUGCAUAAGUGCAAUUGAUUCAAGUACAAACACAUUCUGGCAUACAGAGUAUUCGCCCACAUUGUCCCAACUGCCGCACAAUAUCACCAUCGACAUGCGGACCACCUACAAUGUCAAUGGCCUAGUCUAUUUACCUCGCCAGGAUGGAUCAGGGAAUGGGCGCAUUGGGCAGCAUAAGAUUUUUGUGAGCACUGACGGAACAAAUUUCGGUUCGCCCGUCGCGUUUGGCACUUGGAUCGACAGCGCGCUGGCGAAGACAGCGGCUUUUGAACCAGUUCCGGCACGCUAUAUACGAAUUCAAGCUCUCACCGAGGCAGGCAACCGCGGUCCAUGGACGAGCGGAGCAGAUAUCAAUGUGUAUGCUCCUACUCCUGGCACUGCAAUUGAUCGCACAGGUUGGACCGCCACUUGCGAUAGUGCCCAGGCCGGAAACGAGUGUGUCAAGGCAAUUACCGACACAAGUUCAUUUUGGCACACCCAAUACACCCCGACUCUUGCAAAGCUGCCCCAUAACAUUACCAUUGACAUGAAGACUGUAUACAGCAUCAAUUCCCUGAGGUAUUUACCCCGUCAGGACGGGAGCCGCAAUGGAAACAUUGGACAAUACCAGGUGUAUACCAGCACCGAUGGGACGAGCUUUGCAUCAGUCGCCUCGGGCACGUUCAAAGACGACACGUCGGAGAAAAAUGUUGUCUUUAAUACUGUGUCUGCACGGUACAUUCAGGUCCGGGCUCUUUCUGAGGCGGGCAAUCGCGGCAAUUGGACGUCUGCAGCAGCAUUCACCGUUUAUGUCCCAGCAUCUUACACCCCCCCACCGACUAAUCUGGGGAAAUGGGGCCCAACUAUCAAUUUCCCACUAGUUCCGGUUGCGGCAGCCAUCAAUCCCACCAAUGGCCGAGUUCUCACAUGGUCUUCGUAUUCUCCAAGUACCUUCGUCGGCGGAUCAGGCCAUACCAUCACAUCGACCUAUGAUCCCACCACUCUCAUUGUCAGCCGGAGAGACGUUACCCAGACCAAUCACGAUAUGUUCUGUCCUGGAAUAUCGCUCGAUUUCAAUGGACGUCCUAUCGUUACUGGGGGCAACAAUGCCCAAAAGACAAGCAUCUAUGACCCCCUUACCGACGCCUGGAUUGCCGGGUCCAAUAUGAAGAUCUCGCGUGGAUAUCAAUCAUCAGCAACGUGCUCGGAUGGACGCAUCUUCACCAUCGGAGGCUCUUGGAGCGGAGGCGAGGGCGGCAAGAACGGAGAAAUUUACAAUACGACAACGGGAAAUUGGACCUUGCUCCCCGGCUGUCCUGUAGCCCCUAUGCUGACCGCAGACACCCAAGGGGUGUUCCGCUCAGAUAACCAUGCCUGGUUGUUCAGCUGGAAAAACGGAUCCGUUUUUCAAGCUGGCCCCAGCAAGGCGAUGAACUGGUAUGACAUGGCAGGAUUGGGCGCAGUGAGCGCGGCAGGAAACCGAGCCUCGGACGCUGAUUCAAUGUGCGGCGUUGCGGUCAUGUACGAUGCGGUUGCCGGGAAUAUUUUGACUGCCGGUGGCUCUCCCAACUACCAGGGAACGGAAGCGACCGGAAACGCACACCUCAUCAAGAUUGGGAAUAAAAACUCGACGCCCUCGGUCACGACACUCAGCUCCAUGGCGUACGAGCGCAUCUUCCACAACGGCGUUGUACUGCCGGAUGGUCAAGUUUUCAUCACGGGUGGGCAGACCGUUGGGUGGCCGUUCUACGACAUCGGCGCCGACCUGACGCCGGAGAUGUGGAGUCCGCUGACCAACACCUUCACCCAGAUGCUUCCCAACUCCAUUCCCCGCAACUACCACAGCAUUGCCCUGCUGCUGCUUGAUGGCACGGUUCUCAGCGGCGGCGGCGGGCUCUGCGCCGACUGCUCGUCCAACCACUUUGACGCGCAGAUUUACACACCGCAGUACCUGUUGAACAGCGAUGGCACCAACCGAGUGAGGCCUGUGAUCAACUCGGUUUCCACCGCGAGCCUGAGGGUGGGCCAGUCGUUGACCAUCACUACUGGGUCGGUCGUCACUAGCGCGUCUCUGAUCCGCUACGGUUCGGCCACGCACACGGUCAACACCGACCAGCGCCGCGUGCCCCUUACGCUGAGGCUCACCGGCGUAAACACGUACUCGGUGACGGUUCCGAGCGAUCCUGGCGUUGCUCUGCCUGGAUACUGGAUGCUCUUCGUUAUGAACGCAGCCGGCACGCCCAGUGUGGCGAAGACGAUCAAAGUCAAUCCGUGA